AUGGCGGAGUGGGAUGCAUCUAAUAAAACCUUUUUGAUUACUGGUGGAGCUUCGGGCUUGGGAGCAUUAUACGCUGAAGCGUUCCUCAAGGAAGGUGCUAUGAAUGUAGCAAUCUUAGACAUCGCCGAGGACCUGGGCAAAGCUAAAGCUGAAAGUCUGAACAAGGCUUACGGCAAUAAAGUGAUAUUCGUGAAAUGUGACGUGAGCAAGGAGGAGGACAUCGAGAGCGCGUGGGACGCCGUGCUCGCUCAGUUCAAGCAGGUUGACGUCAUCAUCAACAAUGCUGGUAUCAUGGUUGACGCUCCUAACAUGUGGAGAACUGCUUCUGAUGUCAAUUGGCAAGGAUUAGUCUCCUUCAGUUUGAAAGGGAUCAAGCACAUGAAGAAGGAUGAGGGUGGAGCUGGAGGAACGAUCGUGAACAUUGCUUCAACAGUCACACUCACUAAGCUUGUGGCAUUUCCCAUCUAUAGUGGUUCUAAAAUGGCUGUCCUGCACUUCAGCCAAUGUAUAGCGAUGCCGCCAUUCUUCGAACACACUGGAGUAAGGGUUUUAACCUUAUGUCUCGGUCUUACUGAUACUGCACUGCUAGAAAACUUAGUGACAAAGGCAUAUGACCCUAAGAUCGGACAAUUAAUGAUGGCUUUCUCCGAGUCUCAGAAUGUUAUGUAUCAAAAACCAGAAUCAGCGGUUGAAGUCCUAGUGCAUAUGUACAAAUGUGGCCCUCCUGGUUCAGUUUGGCUGUCUGUGGAUGAUAAACCUGGCCAAAACAUUACUCCAACUAUUGAUAAUGCUUUCAAGGACUUCGAGAAGCUUCUUUUGCACUCAUAG